AUGUUGCAUCAAAUUAUUUCUAUGUACUAUCCUGAAUUAAAAAAUGUGAAACUUAAUAUCUUUAAUAAGUUUUAAGCUAAUUCAGAUCUAAAUUAGAUAAAACUUCCUAACUAAAAUUUAAAUCAGAAAUUUCAAGAUCUAUUAAGAAAAGCCAAAGAAAAAUGCCGAUUGAUAAAUUUAUUAUACGAAAUAUCAAGAAUAUAGUUUAUUUUAGAUUAAUAGUUUGGUUAAUAAGUACUGAUAAAUAGUCAUUUAUUAGGAGGAAAGGUAACUAAAGGUUCAACAGAACUCUAUUGUGACAGUAAUAAAGAAUCAAAUAAACUUAGUGUAAAACCGCUUAAUUAGGAGGAAGAAAAUAUUAAUAAUUUCUUAUAAGAUGAACCUCUUGAAUUAUUAUUAAUAUAAGUUUGA